GCCCGGCUGGCGCGGCCUUACUAGCGCGCUCCCGCCCUGCGCGCCAUCUUGGCUCCGGCUCGAGCUUGAGUGGGCAGCCAGAUUCCCGGAACCAACAGCUAGCAGGAUGGAGCACUACCGGAAAGCUGGCUCUGUGGAACUCCCAGCACCUUCCCCAAUACCCCAGCUACCUCCUGAUACCUUGGAGAUGCGGGUCCGAGAUGGCAGCAAAAUCCGCAACUUGCUGGGGCUGGCACUGGGUCGGUUGGAGGGCGGCAGCGCAAGACAUGUGGUGUUCUCAGGUUCUGGCCGGGCUGCAGGGAAGGCUGUCAGCUGUGCUGAGAUCGUCAAACGGCGGGUACCAGGCCUGCACCAGCUUACCAAGCUGCGCUUCCUGCAGACUGAGGACAGCUGGGUACCGACCUCACCGGACACAGGCCUAGAUCCUCUCACAGUGCGCAGACAUGUACCUGCAGUGUGGGUACUGCUCAGCCGGGACCCCCUGGACCCCAAUGAGUGUGGCUACCAGCCCCCAGGGGCACCCCCUGGCCUGGGCCCCACACCUAGCUCCAGCUAUGGCCCCCGGCCCCGAAGAAGGGCCCGAGAUACCCGGUCCUGAAGACCUGCUGAGCAAGCUGUUAUCCAGGCCUGAAUGUCUAGGAUGGCUGUGCCUUCUCUGAGAAGCCUCUGUUACUGCUCAACACCCCCAACAAGACUUGAAUCCACAGAAGUAGGCUUCCUUGUUCUGAUUCCCCUUCCCUCUGGCAUAUUGAAAGGGGUCUCAGCCUGGGUUCUGGAUUGCUUAAGAAGGGCUUACUCUGCCUUCUAUCUACAGUGCCUCUGAUCUGCCUUCUGACAGGGGUCCAGGGAGUGGGUUAGGGAAUAAAGGUUCUGCUGGUUUAUCUCA